CACUGUUUGGUACUGAUUCGUCUCACUUGUUUGCAGUCACGAUGGGACGUGUUAUCAGGGGACAGAGAAAAGGUGCGGGUUCCGUGUUCAAAGCCCACGUGAAGCACAGAAAAGGUGCAGCUAAACUCCGACACAUUGACUUCGCUGAACGUCAUGGCUACAUCAAGGGAAUCGUGAAGGAUAUUAUCCACGAUCCUGGCCGUGGUGCUCCCCUAGCCAAGGUGGCUUUCCGUGACCCCUACCGGUUUAAAAAGAGGACAGAGCUGUUCAUUGCUGCUGAGGGCAUCCACACUGGACAGUUCAUCUACUGCGGCAAGAAAGCUCAGCUGAACAUCGGCAAUGUCCUCCCUGUGGGCACCAUGCCUGAGGGAACCAUCAUCUGCUGCUUGGAGGAGAAGCCAGGUGACCGAGGCAAGCUGGCCAGGGCGUCUGGAAACUACGCAACAGUCAUCUCCCACAACCCUGAGACCAAGAAGUCCAGAGUCAAGCUGCCCUCUGGGUCCAAGAAGGUCAUUGCAUCCGCUAACAGAGCUGUUGUCGGUGUGGUUGCCGGAGGCGGUCGUAUUGACAAGCCCAUCCUGAAGGCUGGCCGUGCCUACCACAAAUAUAAGGCCAAGAGGAACUGCUGGCCACGUGUCCGUGGUGUGGCCAUGAACCCUGUUGAGCAUCCCUUCGGUGGUGGUAACCACCAGCAUAUUGGCAAACCCUCAACGAUCAGGAGGGACGCACCAGCUGGUCGCAAGGUCGGUCUCAUUGCUGCCCGCCGUACUGGCAGACUGCGUGGAACAAAGACUGUCCAGGAGAAGGAGAACUAACCGUCUAUACAAUAAAAUGUUCCAAGGAAGCC